AAACCAUGAUCGAGGUGACAAUCUUGACCACCAUGACAGGAGACACCAUGACACACCUCACCGAAGAAGAAGCCAUGACCAAGGUGACAGUCCCGACCACCAUGACAGGAGACACCAUGACACACCUCACCGAAGAGGAAGCCAUGACCAAGGUGACAGGAGACACCAUGACACACCUCACCGAAGAGGAAGCCAUGACCAAGGUGACAGGAGACACCAUGACACACCUCACCGAAGAAGAAGCCAUGACCAAGGUGACAGGAGACACCAUGACACACCUCACCGAAGAGGAAGCCAUGACCAAGGUGACAGGAGACACCAUGACACACCUCACCGAAGAAGAAGCCAUGACCAAGGUGACAGGAGACAUCAUGACACACCUUACCGAAGAAGAAGCCAUGACCAAGGUGACAGUCCCAACCACCUAUCUUACUAUAGUGACAGUCCCGACCAGCAUGACAAGAGGCACCAUGACACAUCUUACCGAAGAAGAAGCCAUGACCAAGGUGACAGUCCCGACCACCUAUCUUACUAUAGUGACAGUCCCGACCAGCAUGACAAGAGGCACCAUGACACACUUUACCGAAGAAGAAGCCAUGACCAAGGUGACAGGAGACAGCUUGACACACCUGAACGAAGUGAUAGCCCUGGCCAGCAGGAGAGGAGAUAUGAAAAACACUAUCAAAAUAGAAGUCAUGACCACUAUGACUGGGACAAUUGACGUGAUAGACACAACCAGAGAGACAACAAGAGCAGGUGUGACCCUUGUAAUGACAAUCAAAAGAAUCACAAAGGUAGCCAGGAAGAUGCUGAAUCCAGCUUCCCUCUAACUAGAUUUCAGAAGCGAGUGUUACAACUUCUGCUGGACAUCAGGAAAACUGUUUCGGAUACGAGCACAUGUGGUGGUAAACCAGCUGACACAGCUUGUACUCUUACAAUCAAACGGAAUAAUUCCCUGGAAGAAGUGCAGAAUCUAGAGGAUGAAUUGGUUAAUCCCAGUUAUUUCAUGGAAGUGUGCAACCAGUGCGUCCGCAUAGGUGGCUAUAAUAAGAGAGAUAUGGUCUCUUAUUUGAUGUGCAGGUUUAUGACCAAAAACCUCAUGUGUCAGUAUAACAUGCUUGGGCAGAGAGGCAAGUUGUCUUUUAGAAAAACAAAGUUAUACAAUGUGAUUCAGGAGAGCGUGCUUAAAAAGUUCUCAGAUUCAAAUGUGACAGAAAUACAAAUGAUAGUUGCAGCAAAAUUGCGUAAUGCUCCAAAAUUGAAAAAUGAAAAUUAGCUGAUGUAAAAUGGUACUUACAAUCAGUUAAGAUCUGCAAGAAUGUUAAAACAAACCAAUCUUUGUCUCAUGCAUGACCUUGGUGAAGUAAAGUAUUUUCAUACCAAGACGAACUGCAAUAGCGCAGUGAAAAAUCUAGUCAUACUCACUGCCACCAGG